CAGGAAUAUACCAUCUUAGCUUUGUCUCUGUUAGUUGGCUCAACGGCACAUUUUGAGCGAGUCUCUUGGGAAAUCUCCACGCAAGGAAUCCUCGACAACUUCCGUUGCAUCUUCCCAUACGACUAUAUGGCAUGAAUCGUCCAUGACAGUUUCUAGCGCCGGGGUUUUCAUAAUGACCAGAGGGACUUCUCCUUCGUAGUUAAUGCCACUUCCCUGAUGGCAGUUAUCAUGACAACAUAUAAAGCCCAGCUAGACCUUGCUGCCAUUCCUUCCUGUCCUUCCUUUUGCUAUCCCUCGGGAUACGACUCGGGUGGCCUCAAAGCAGGCGGCUUUGUUCCAACAGUUACAAACACCCGCAUCGCUAUCCUUCAUCAGUGACCAACUUCGGCAUGGCUAAGGACGGCGCUGAAGACAUCGGGAGUGUGGGUACGGCUGCGUCCACCAUCGCUGAGAGCGUGGAGGAGUUCCUAUCCAUACCCAAAUGCAUGCUUUUCACAUCGCGCAUCCCACACAUUGUAUUGAAUGACAGUAGCGUCAUGCCAAUGGUGUGUAUACACACCUGUUCCUAAGGAUCAUAUCGAGAGCGAUCCUCUGUGGGCACAGAACGACUGACACUUUCUUUCUGUUUAGAUGGCCUUCGGCACCGGCACCUAUUGGCAGAAACCUCACCCGGAGGGCCCCUUCACCCGUUCCAUGGUUGAAUUCUUCAAGAUCGUCAUCAUGCAGGGCUACCGGCAUUUCGACUGCGCUGACUUCUACGGCACCGAAGAGGAAGUCGGUGUCGCUAUCCAAGAAUCCGGCAUUCCGAGGGAAGACUUCUACAUUACCACCAAGGUCCGCGAUGGCAUGGAUGAUGUCGAAGCAGCUCUGGAUCGCAGCCUGAAGCGUCUUGGAACGCAUUAUGUCGAUCUCUUCCUCAUCUACAGCCCCAGCUUCGCCAGAACCCCGCAAGACCUCCAACAUGCCUGGAAGGAAAUGGAAAAGCUCGUCUCGACCAAGAAAACCAGAUCGAUCGGCGUCUCCAACUACCAGCGCGAGCAUAUCGAGCCAGUCCUCGAAGUAGCCACGCUUAAGCCUGCCGUCAACCAGAUCGAGUUCCACCCGUACGCUCGCUGUUUGGACUAUGCGUACUGGUUGGAGGAUAACAAUAUACAGGUGCAGGGAUUCUUCGGACUGGCACCUCUCAAUCUUUCCAGCGGUGGUCCAUUGGACAGAGUCUUGCCUUGUAUUGCGCACAUCUACGAUGUCAAUGAGAAUGCGGUUCUCAUUCAGUGGAUGCUCAGCUACGGUGUUACUUCAAUUUCGACCUCUCGGGAUCCGGUGCGGAUUGAGCAGUACCUCAAGGUGACAGAAUUUAAACUUGACGAGGGACUUGUGUCGUUGAUUACCGUGGUUGGGAAUGCGAAUAACAUUUGUACCUAGGCCGACUUUGUUGUACUGCAUCGAAGUUUCUGUAGUUAAUCUGCAAUCUGUAUCAUACAGAGGUUUGAGCCCUAUUAGAUGACUAAUAACACAACAUGAUUGGUUGUAUACUACACGCUAAUCCCAAUUAAUUAAGCUCUGUGCUAGUCCUG